UGAUGAUGAUGAUGCAUCGUUAUGAUUUACGACGAGAAGAUUUGUUUGUGUUUCCGGGUUCAAAGUGAUCAUUUUGAUGAGUUUUUCGCCCCUGAGUUGGACAAACAUGGUUAUCAAGCUCUCUACAAGAAGAAGACAACAGAGGUUUACACCGGGACUUAUGCUAUCGAUGGUUGUGCAACAUUUUUCCGAAGGGACAGAUUUUCCCAUGUGAAGAAAUACGAGGUCGAAUUCAACAAGGCUGCUCAGUCACUGACAGAUGCUGUGGUCCCAAUCACUCAGAAGAAAGCUGCUUUGUCUCGACUUCUUAAGGUGAUUUUUCUUCUUUGGGAGUCUCUUAUGCAGUUAGUUGGUGCUUAG